AGCUGAAUUGUAUGGGAAGGUCAGAAACAUACAGUCCAAGCGACUUGAUCUAUUCUCAAUGGCUACCUUCUCUUCAAGUAAUAGUUCCUUCAUGGCUGCAAUAGUCCUUCUAGGGAUCUUCGCAGCAAACUUGGAUCAAACAGGUGCGGAGCCUGUUGGUGUUUGUUAUGGAAUGCUAGGCAACAAUCUUCCAAAUGCAUGGGAAGUCAUCCAGCUGUACAAAUCACAAAACAUCAGGCGAAUGAGACUUUAUGAUCCAAACCAAGCAGCUCUGCAAGCUCUGAGAGGCUCAAACAUCGAAGUAAUGCUAGGUGUCCCAAAUUCUGAUCUUCAAAGCCUUGCUAACCCUUCUAAUGCACAGUCCUGGGUGCAAAGAAAUGUACUAACCUACUGGCCAAGUGUCAGGUUCCGGUAUAUUGCGGUUGGAAAUGAAGUUAGUCCUGUUAACGGUGGCACUGCUUGGUUUGCUCAAUUUGUUUUGCCUGCCUUGGUGAAUGUAUUCAAUGCAGUUCGAUCAGCUGGUUUGCAGGACCAAGUCAGGGUCUCAACUGCAAUUGACAUGACCUUGAUUGGAAACUCCUACCCUCCAUCAGCAGGUGCCUUUCGUGGGGAUGUUAGGUCGUAUUUGGACCCGAUCAUUGGCCACUUAGCAUGGGCCAGGACACCUUUACUUGCCAAUAUUUACACUUACUUCAGUUAUUCAGGCAAUCCAAGGGACAUCUCUCUUCCCUAUGCUAUAUUUACUUCCCCUUCACCUGUUGUAUGGGAUCAAGGACGUGGAUACCAAAACCUUUUUGAUGCAAUGUUGGAUUCAUUAUAUUCAGCUCUUGAGAGAGCUGGGCAAGGGGGCCUGCAGGUUGUUGUCUCAGAAAGUGGAUGGCCAUCAGCAGGAGGGUUCGGGACAACGGUUGAUAAUGCACGCACUUACCUCACAAAUUUGAUCAAGCAUGUCCAAGGAGGAACCCCAAAGAGGCCUGGAACAGCUAUAGAGACUUAUCUGUUUGCCUUGUUUGAUGAGAACCGGAAGGAACCUGAGCUAGAGAAACAUUUUGGGUUGUUCUACCCAAACAAACAGGCAAAAUAUCCCCUCAAUUUUGGUGCAGGAAGAAUCUGGGAUGUUUCAGCCGAAUAUAAUGCAACUAUUUCUCUUAAAAGUGACAUGUAAGGCUGAAAAUCAUGAGAAUUUGGAUUUUAUUCUAUUUCUCCCAAUGUAUUUUCGUCUUAAAUAAGUGAGAAAUCUGCCAGCAAUCAAGUAAUUUCUUGGUA